CUGCCUCAAAGCCUCCUCUCCCGGUGGUAAGAAAGCGGAGACAGCUGAGCCAACAGAAACACAUCACCAACAUAUACCACCUUCUUCUACCUUGUAUGACAGUGAAGAUGAUUGUGCUUCUCCAGGGGCAAAUUUGUGUUGGCUCGAGUAGACAAAGUUGGUGUAGAAAAUGUGCGCUAGCGCUGUGCGGUGGUUUUGAAAGGUGAUACGCAAUCACGUACGCAAGUGGCCAAUCUUGAGGCGCAAUGUGUUGUAAACGCGUGAAAUAGAACGUGGAAAUGCAAAAUCUCUGAUGUGAUGCUAUUGGAAUUCAAUAGGAGUUGGUUUUUGGUUUUUAGUGCAUUUCUAGUUUCAAGUUAUCCUCAUUACGGCUUCCAUCCCGAUUACUUGUCUAAUCCGGCAGGCUUAUCGUAUGACCCAACCGAACCGACGGCACCACCACCGCCGUCCGCAUUCGAUGGUCAACGAAAAUCCAGCUCAUCGUCCUCCAAUUCUUCACGGGCUUCUUGCUCCGCUUUAUCGGGAGGUAGCGAGUGUAAGCCACCGGGUUAUGGGCUAAUAUCGAGCGACUUUGCUGGCUGCUGGCAACACUGCAACGUCAAUGGACCGUUCCCGCCGAACAUGGUCCGCGCCGGCGUAGAUUGCGACGGUGAGGUGAUCUACGUGGGGCGUGCCUUUCACGAGGGCGACAUGGUGCCGGCCAAGGUGAUCCCCACCAAGAACAUGGCGUUCGUGUGCCACGGCGGCGAGGAGGUGCUGAAGGAAGACUUCGAAGUGCUGCGCUACGGUGCGUUCGUGUGGGAGUACUCCUCGAACGGUUCCGUGCCGGAAACGGCCAUGAAGAUUGGCCAGACGAUGGACGGGGAGCCGCUGUACAUGGGGCGCGCCAUCUACAGUGGGUCGCAAACGCCCGGCAAGGUGCAUCCGUCGCACGGUUGCUGCUACCUGCCGUUCGAUGGGGCUGAGGUAAGCGUCACCGAUUACGAGGUGCUGUGCAUUCGAUAAAGGCACUACUGGCGGCAGUCGGUAGGCUUGUUUGAUAUGGAAGGUGUGAUUUUCGGGUAAUAAAUGGUAGGAGUAGCAAGCUGUUGACUGUAA